AUGGUUUAUGAUGCUCAACUAAUUAAAAUAUUUUGUUAUGAAAAGGCCAGCUCGCCUAACCGAAGUAGUUUUUUUAUAUAUAAACACAAGUUAAAAGCCAGUCAAAUUGGAGCAGACAAGACACAUGUAGCUGCUCUGCAUUUUUCAUCAAAUGUCUGGACUGACUUUAGAUUUACUGAUACUGACAUGUACAAUCGCGAUAAGUUGUUUCGUGCAAUCAAAAAUAUUCCAAGGAAUACAGUUCUACAUUCAGGUUUGAAAAAUCUUUUUCAAGCAACCAAGCUAUGUGCAAGAAGGACUUACACAAAAGCUGCGCUGCAACAAGCUGAUGAGGACUUCUUCUGUCCAUCGUGUGGUUCCAGAAACAUACAAAAAGUCUUAGUGGUCAUUUCUGAUGGCAAAUCUAACGAUCAAGGAUCAUUGGCAGGAAAGUCUUUCGCAAAAGUCACUGCCUCUCUCAAGAACAAGGGAGUGCACAUAAUAGCAGUCGGAAUAGGACCAGGCGCUGACAUGGAUGAAAUGAAAGAAAUUGCCACGAAACCUAAAUAUGCGUUGAGGAUUCGAAAAGCUGAUGCUAUUGAACGUCAUCUCCACAACUUGGCUACUUUAAUGUGUGAAUGA